AUGGCUCUCAAAAAGAAGGGUGGCCAGAAGGAACGUUCAGCCAUCAACAAGGUGGUGACCCAAGAAUACACCGUCAACAUUUACAAACUCAUCCGUGGCAUGGGCUGCAAGAAGCGUGCUCCUUGGGCACUCAAAGAAAUCCAGACAUUUGCCAUGAAGGAGAUGGGAACUCCAGAUAUACACAUCAAUAUCAGGUUCAAUAGAGCCGUCUGGGCCGAAGGAAUAAGGAAUGUUCCAUGCCAUAUCUGUCUGGAGGUUUGCCACACUGGGGACAAAGGCGAUGGUGUCCCCUCCAACCCAGCAGAGCCUUUCCCUGCCAAGGCCCGGGAGAAGAGAAGCCACAUGUGA